CCCUCGCGCAGGUAGGGAAGAGGCGGAGCUCCGGCGCCGACCUCCGUGGAGCCACCGCCCCGCCGCUGCCCGCUCCGCUGGCUCGCUGCAGCUUCCCGGGACUUGGGGCCUCCGAGAGGUUGGCCUGCCUGACUCACAGGCAUCUGUCUGCCUGGACCCCAGGAGACCCAUAGAGGGAGGAAAGGAGUGGAGCAUGGUAUAGACAGGCUCCAGCAAGCGCAGGAAGCCCAGUCCCAGCCCUUCUGAAGCAUCGCGCCCACCAUGGCCUCAGCUGACAAGAAUGGCAGCAACCUCCCAUCUGUGUCUGGCAGCCGCCUGCAGAGCCGGAAGCCACCCAACCUGUCCAUCACUAUCCCACCACCAGAGGCCCAGGCUGCCGGAGAGCAGGGUAGCAUGCUGCCUGAGAGGCCCAAGAAUCCAGCCUACCUGAAGAGUGUCAGCCUCCAGGAGCCCCAGGGACGAUGGCAGGAUGGCACGGAGAAGCGCCCUGGCUUCCGCCGCCAGGCCUCUCUGUCUCAAAGCAUCCGCAAGGGCACGGCCCAGUGGUUUGGGGUCAGCGGCGACUGGGAGGGCAAGCGACAAAACUGGCAGCGGCGCAGCCUACACCACUGCAGCGUGCACUAUGGCCGGCUCAAGGCCUCGUGCCAGAGAGAACUGGAGCUGCCCAGCCAGGAGGUGCCGUCCUUCCAGGGCACGGAGUCUCCAAAACCUUGCAAGAUGCCCAAGAUUGUGGAUCCACUGGCCCGAGGUCGGGCUUUCCGCCACCCAGAUGAGGUGGACCGGCCUCACGCUCCCCACCCACCUCUGACUCCAGGGGUCCUGUCCCUCACAUCCUUCACCAGCAUCCGCUCUGGCUACUCCCACCUGCCCCGCCGCAAAAGGAUAUCUGUUGCCCAUAUGAGCUUUCAGGCGGCUGCUGCCCUCCUCAAGGGGCGCUCAGUGCUUGAUGCCACUGGGCAGCGGUGCCGGAAUGUCAAGCGCAGCUUCGCCUACCCCAGCUUCCUAGAGGAGGAUGCUGUCGAUGGAGCAGACACCUUUGACUCCUCCUUUUUUAGUAAGGAAGAAAUGAGUUCCAUGCCUGAUGACGUGUUUGAGUCUCCCCCGCUCUCCGCCAACUACUUCCGAGGUGCCCCUCGCUCUGCCUCCCCAGUCUCUCCAGAUGGAGUGCAAAUCCCUCUAAAAGAAUACAGCAGCCGAGCCCCAGUUGCCGGGACCCAACGCGGCAAGCGCAUUGCCUCCAAAGUAAAGCACUUUGCGUUUGACCGGAAGAAACGGCACUACGGCCUGGGCGUGGUGGGCAGCUGGCUGAACCGCAGCUAUCGACGCAGCAUCAGCAGCACCGUACAGCGGCAGCUGGAGAGCUUUGAUAGUCACCGGCCCUACUUUACCUACUGGCUGACCUUUGUCCACGUCAUCAUCACCUUGCUGGUGAUCUGCACCUACGGCAUUGCACCUGUGGGCUUUGCCCAGCACGUCACCACCCAGCUGGUGCUGAAGAACAGGGGUGUGUACGAGAGUGUGAAAUAUACCCAGCAGGAGAACUUCUGGAUUGGCCCCAGCUCCAUUGACCUGAUCCACCUGGGAGCAAAGUUCUCACCCUGCAUCCGGAAAGACCGGCAAAUCGAGCAGCUGGUACGGAGGGAGCGCGACAUCGAGCGCAGCUCCGGCUGCUGCGUGCAAAACGACCGAUCAGGCUGCAUCCAGACCCAGAAGAAGGACUGCUCGGAGACUCUGGCCACUUUCGUGAAGUGGCAGAAUGAAACUGGGUCCUCCGAUAAAUCUGACCUGAGCCAGAAGCAGCCAUCGGCGGUUGUGUGCCACCAGGACCCCAGGACCUGUGAGGAGCCCGCCUCCAGUGGAGCCCACAUCUGGCCUGAUGACAUUACCAAGUGGCCGAUCUGCACGGAGCAGGCCCAGAGCAACCACACUGGUUUAUUGCACAUAGACUGUAAGAUCAAAGGCCGCCCCUGUUGCAUCGGCACCAAGGGCAGCUGUGAGAUCACCACUCGGGAGUAUUGUGAGUUCAUGCAUGGCUAUUUCCACGAGGAGGCAACGCUCUGCUCCCAGGUGCACUGUUUGGACAAGGUGUGCGGGCUACUGCCUUUCCUCAACCCCGAGAUCCCCGACCAGUUCUACCGGAUCUGGCUAUCUCUAUUCCUGCACGCUGGCAUAGUGCACUGCCUUGUGUCUGUAGUCUUCCAAAUGACCAUCCUGAGGGACCUAGAGAAGCUGGCUGGAUGGCACCGCAUCUCCAUCAUCUUCAUCCUUAGUGGCAUCACAGGCAACCUGGCCAGCGCCAUCUUCCUCCCCUAUCGGGCAGAGGUGGGCCCAGCUGGGUCGCAGUUCGGCCUCCUCGCCUGCCUCUUUGUGGAACUUUUCCAGAGCUGGCAGCUGCUGGAGCGACCAUGGAAGGCCUUCUUCAACCUCUCAGCCAUUGUGCUUUUCCUCUUCAUCUGUGGCCUCCUGCCCUGGAUAGACAAUAUCGCGCACAUCUUCGGCUUCCUCAGUGGUAUGCUGCUAGCCUUCGCCUUCCUCCCUUACAUCACCUUUGGCACCAGUGACAAGUACCGCAAGCGGGCGCUCAUCCUGGUGUCACUUGUGGUCUUCGUUGGGCUCUUUGCCUCCCUGGUGCUGUGGCUGUACAUCUACCCCAUCAACUGGCCCUGGAUCGAGUACCUCACCUGCUUUCCCUUCACCAGCCGGUUCUGUGAGAAGUAUGAGCUGGACCAGGUGCUACACUAAGCAGACACUGUGUCUGCCCUGGGCCGUGUGUCUGUAGAGACUCGCAGGCGGAUGGGGCCCUGAGCCCAGCGGCUCACUCCACAGAC